CGAACUGCUCCGGUCUCAAGGCGAGGCUUGGCCUCCGGAGCAGAGACGGGGGGAAGCGGCGGCGGCGACGGCCCUCGGGCCGGCUGGUGAGGCGAUGGCGGCGCCGGCCCCGGGGGCUGGGGCAGCCUCGGGAGGCGCUGGCUGUAGCGGUGGCGGCGGCGCGGGCGCCGGCGCCGGCUCCGGCUCCGGGGCCGCGGGGGCCGGGGGCCGGCUGCCCAGCCGGGUGCUGGAGUUGGUGUUCUCCUACCUGGAGCUGUCCGAGCUGCGGAGCUGCGCCCUGGUGUGCAAGCACUGGUACCGCUGCCUGCACGGCGAUGAGAACAGCGAGGUGUGGCGGAGCCUCUGCGCCCGCAGCUUGGCAGAGGAGGCUCUGCGCACGGACAUCCUCUGCAACCUGCCCAGCUACAAGGCCAAGAUACGUGCUUUCCAACAUGCUUUCAGCACUAACGACUGCUCCAGGAAUGUCUACAUUAAGAAGAAUGGGUUUACUUUACAUCGAAACCCCAUCGCUCAGAGCACUGAUGGUGCAAGGACCAAGAUUGGUUUCAGUGAGGGCCGCCAUGCAUGGGAAGUGUGGUGGGAGGGCCCUCUGGGCACUGUGGCAGUGAUUGGAAUUGCCACAAAACGAGCCCCCAUGCAGUGCCAAGGUUAUGUGGCAUUGCUGGGCAGUGAUGACCAGAGCUGGGGCUGGAAUCUAGUGGACAAUAAUCUACUACAUAAUGGAGAAGUCAAUGGCAGUUUUCCACAAUGCAACAAUGCACCAAAAUAUCAGAUAGGAGAAAGAAUUCGAGUCAUCUUGGACAUGGAAGAUAAGACUUUAGCUUUUGAACGUGGAUAUGAAUUCCUGGGGGUUGCCUUUAGAGGACUUCCAAAGGUCUGCUUAUAUCCAGCAGUUUCUGCUGUAUAUGGUAACACAGAAGUGACUUUGGUUUACCUUGGAAAACCUUUGGAUGGAUGACAGUGGCUUUCUUGGGAUGAAAGACAGAGUCGAGGAGAUACCUGCUUGUGGAAAGUAGAAUCAUGAAGUGACAGUGUCAUACAUGCAUGCCCAAGAAACAUCCUGAAAAAACACAUGAUAUUGUUAACUGGAGAAGCAACUCUACAGCAGAGAUUAUCUUAGUGUUUCCUCUUUUCUACUGGGCCAGAAAAAUCCUCAGGGUUGCAGUUGGUUGAGUGGGCAGUUGACAUAUGCAUGUUUCAACAGAUUUUGUCUCUAAGUUAGCGAUGUGAUAUUUCCAACUUUUAAGGUGAGAUCUUAGAGAUGGUGUAAAAGGGAUAAGAUAAGGAACUAGCAAGAGUUUUAAGUAGUGUGUUUGUGAAGAAAGACUGAUCCUGUUUUACAACUGCCUGUUUUU